AUGAUCACCACGGCAGUAGAAUACAAGGACAUUGUUGCGCAUUCCGCAGUCUGUUGUCCCGAUAAUACCCUCGGCGGCUUCCAUUACAACUUCUGGGAGACGAAAUCUGAUUACGUCAGCUACAUCAAGACAACCGAUCCUCAGGGUCACUCCGCUAGGGUCAGCCUUUACGUACCACCGCGAUGUGUUGCAGCCUCCGUAUGCGCUAUACCGCCUACCGUGACUCUGGACGUGGUAUUCAAUAGCGAGAUUGUCGCCAAGAAGCACCGCCGACAAGAUGAGUCGGUCGAUCCCAUCUCUCCAGUUGGCAUCGUCACUCGUCCAUGGGAUGCAAGCAAUAACGUCCUCUUUGCUAACGAGGUCCAAUACUCAUACACUGUUUUCCAUGGGACGUAUACUUGCUUCGAGGACUGCUACAACUAUGCCAGCUACUCGUACCAUAACACAGACCCGAAUUCGUCGGCUUCCUCCGUUGACAAGGACCUUAACGAUUCGACAGCCGAUCAUGAUCCGCAGCCGACCAAAUGCUCAGCAUCACCCACUGAUUCAGGGCCUUCCGAAACUAGUACUCCCGAAUCACCCUCAUUUGGAACAGGUGGCUUAGGAUACAAUAAUACGACCGCAACGGGCUUAGGCCAUUCGACGGCUGGAGCACCUGGUGGGACGGGGACGGGUGCGCCCUUGCCGUCCAUGUCGGAGUUUCCUGGCGCCGCUACAAUGACAGUAUCCUCCUCCCUGUGGCAGUUGUUUCUCUUUGCGAUAGUUGCAAUCUUGUAG